AUGCCUUCCAAAAGUACUACUGUUGAACAACCUAUACGUUCAAAUACAUAUCGUUUACAUGAAUUUGAUCCAACAUCUUACGAUUGGGAUGAUUUGGAAGUUCUUUUCGACACGUAUAUUGCUGUCGAAGGUGUUACGGAUGAUAACAAGAAACGAAACUUGCUUAUUACAGCUCUUGGUGUUCAACCGUUCAAAACACUUAUUUCUGUUUGUAAACCUAAGAAACCUACUGAAUGUUCUAAUUUGGAAAUAAUCCAAAAACUUGGUACAAAUUAUGCACGUGUUACAUUUUCGUCAACUGAACGACUUAAAUUCUUUGCAACAUGUCAAGAAUCUUCACAAUCUCUUACUGAUUUUGCAAAUUCUCUUCGAGAUAAAUCAGUAACAUGUGAUCAUCCAAUACAAAUUCCUAUUCAAAUUGAUGCUGUACAAGUUAAUUUUGAACUUGAUACUGGUUCUCGAAUUACAAUUAUCAAUGAAUAUGUUUGGAAAUUAAUGGGAAAACCAAAAUUACAUCCAGUUAAAUUAACUUACAAUAGUUUUUCAGGUCAUCCUAUUCCUUUUAAAGGGGAGAAAAUGAUCAAGGUCAACUAUAAUGAUCGAUGUGCUCAAUUACCACUUGUUAUUUGUGAUAAUAAUCGAAACAAUAUUCUUGGUCGUAAUUGGAUUAACGUCUUACAUCUUAGUAAUAAAACAUUAGAUGCUAUUGUUUCCGAUUCAUCAAUACAAAAUAUUAAUUCUGGGUUUAAAAAUUUAAAUGAUUUACUUAUUCGUUAUGAUGAUAUAUUUAAAGAUGGUUUAGGUUGUUGUAAAAUGAAACCUCAUCUUCAUAUUAAAUCAAAUGUUAUUCCAAAAUUUUGCAAACCUAGAUCUUUACCAUUUGCUUAUAGUCAAGCUGUUGAAAAUGAUUUAAAUCGACUUGUUACUGAAGGUGUUUUAGAACUAAUUACUGUUUCAAAGAAUGAAUUUGCUACGGCUAUGACAAUAACCGAUCUCAAAAUUUCAGAAUUCGCAUAG